CGACCCGUACCAAUCUUCACAUCUUCCACAUUCUAAACUGAGUUGAGUGACUAUCACAGCUACGCCAGCUUAAGGGUAUGAAUACACUCGACAGAUCAUUGGUACUCAUUGUCCUCCUCCUGGCAAGCUACUCUCUGGCUGUCAAACCAUAAUGUAAAGUAUGCAAAGAUUUUGUCCAAGCCUUCAACAAAAGGAUGGACGACACAGCCAAGUCAAACUUUGCUGAUGGGGACACGAAUUGGGAGGAGGAGAAACUCGCCUCCUACGCUAACAGUGAGGUUCGAUUGAUCGAGAUGCUGGACGAACAUUCAGAUUAUGAUUGCCAUCGACUGCUGGAGAAUUAUGAGGAGGAGAUUGAGAGAUGGUGGUUCAAGUUGAGACAUAAGGAGGAGGGCUAUGAUGAUCUAAAGCAGUGGUUGUGCUCUUUUUGCUGGGGGCAUGAGCUGUUUUGCAGCAGUGUAGAAGCGAGCUUUCUUGCAAUUGGCUUGGUUAUGAGGCCGAGCGUAGACCAUGUACCAGCAGCUAAUACAUGUAUUCACUGAGUAGUGGGGUGGGGCUGUUUCUUUGCAGCAGUAAGUGGGGCGGGGCUGUUUUGCAGCACCAGAAGUGGGGUGGGGCUGUUUUGCAGAUUUCAGCGUUGGAACUCCAACAAUUUUGUGUCAAGCCAUUCGUCGGUCAUGCCAAUCUUAUACGCUGCAGAUACUGGCGUCUAGCAGAGAGAAGAGAUGGAGCUGUGUCUAGAGUUGUCUCUGUCUUUUUUGUGCAGUUUAUAUUGUGUUACUAGGACAGUGUUAUGUUGCUAUGCCCUCGGGAUAUAAACUAGUUAUAACACGGGCACUCGGGCUGCAUGGAAUAUAUUGCACUCAGCCCUCGGGGCUUACGCCCUCGUGCUUCAGUGCAAUAUAUUCCAUACAUCCCUUGUGCCCGUGUUAUAACUAU